GUUGAGGGUCAUUACAUUGACCAGCUGCGCGCGACUUGCUUUCACUUCCACGUUCAGCUACAAGCAUCAGCACACUCAUCACGCGUAUGUCGUCUCAGUUCCUCACUCUCUAGUCGCCUUAUUGUUCUCAUUGGACUAUCUUCACAAUGCCUAGAGUUGUGAGCGCAGACGAUGAGGCAUUUUCCGAAGACAGCGACAUUGGUGACAUUAAUCAUGGCGAUGAAAUUCCCGCUGACGCUGAACCCAAAACCCAACUAAACGGUGAAUUGCACGACGACGCCGAGGAAGCUGCUCAACAACGAUCUUUGCCUGCCAGAGCAGAAAGUGAAGACACCGAUGUGAGCAAGCCUGGUGAACCGGACGAAGAGUAUGUGGUAGAGGAAAUACAAGGCCACCGCACGCGGAAAGGUACCGUGGAAUACCACAUUAAAUGGGUGGGUUAUGACGAGUCUGAGAAUACCUGGGAGCCCGAAGACCAUCUACUUCCUCACGCAAGAAAGGUCCUUACCAGCUAUCACAAGGCCAUCGGUGGCCCACCAGGCGCCACUAGCAUCAAACGAAGCAAGUCAAAACAGUCUCGGAAAGCACAUUCAUCUGCAGAUGACACUCCAGAACCGAAAAGAAGGAAGAAGAACGGCGAGACUGCUGCGAGUCCAGAACAAGAAAUUGGCACAUGGACACCCAAAGGUGACAACUGGGAGCCCCAGGUCGACAAGGUUGAAACUAUUGAACGUAAUCAAGCUGGGCAGCUGACGGCGUUCGUCCUGUUCAAGAACGGGAAGAAGUCGAUCGUGUCCAUGGAGAAGGUCUAUGCUCACUGCCCUCGUCCCAUGUUGAAGUUCUACGAGGAGCACCUGAAAUUCAAGUAUGUCUGACCUUCUCUCUUCGAGCGGCAACCAGCUAACGAAAGAAAACUAGCUGAAAACUGUCUUGCCGCCGAAGUGAAGUUGGCACUUUCUCUCCAAUAAUUGUACAUAACUCUACCUACUUCCGACAUCUUGGGUUGGGUUCUCAUGAGGUCUUUGUUUUUAGCGUGCUUCGGAGCAUGGAGUUCUGUGCAUAAUGCGGGAUGAAAAAAAGGAGGGUGGAUGGGCUUGAAUUCUAGCCACCGAUGCAGCACACCGCAAGACAGAUGGCGGAUUCGCUGAAGAGUUGCUUUACCCAGUAGCGCCAUUGGUCGAGCAGCUGGGAACGAAAGCAGUCAACCGUGAGCUUCACGUUGCGUUGAAUUCAGAGGCCGUGGGCUAAAGGAGCUUGUCACGGAGACACUACUCUGUGGGAACAUAACAAAGAGCUGAGAUCGUCAGAUCGCCCGACUCGGCUUGGGAAAAGAUCAGUAUCACGAUGCAAGCUUCAAGCUACAUAAGCUGGCUUGGUAAUGAGAAGAAGCUUCGAAUGAUCCCGUCACGGGAUCCUGUCCAAGUAAGAAAGAAUCAUUUCGUUGACCCUG